AUGCCAUCCACCUCCCCCGGCAGCAACGCCUCGACCACACAAUUCGCCCAGCUUCUCCCCGGAGCCCCGGUCGAAGGCUUUCAAUCAUUCGCGGCAUUCGUCUUCCGCUUCAAACGAUACAUUGCCUACAUCUCCGGCCAGCAGCUGAAUAUCCUCUCCUCGCCCACGAACCUCGUUCAAGCGAUUCGCUUCAAGCACAAUCUGGUCGCAGUAGCGGCAGAGGAUAAGACGGGGAAGCUCAUUGUCACGGAAGAAAAAGAUGUAUGGGUGUUGGAACCUCAGACUGACGGUUGGACGAAGGUCUGGUGGGAGAAGGCAUUGCUCCUAGCCAGGGAAGAUGCGGAUGAUGUGGCACAUUGCUUAAGCUGGGGAGAUGACGGUGAAGCUUUGAUCGGAGGGAGCCAGCUGAUCACACUGUUCAGCACGCGACCUGCCAGCAAGAAUGUCAGUCCAAAUAUCGCUGCAGUUGAUGGAGAAGACAUAGAACACAGGAGAGCGACAUGGAGCAAGAACCUGGCAUCCCCGAUACACCAGGCAGCCUUUAGUCCUAGUGCGACUCUGAUCGCAAGUCGAGGAAGGUACGACCGGCUCGUCAAGAUUUGGCGAAGACUGAGCUUCGAGGAGUGUCUGUUCGACCACACCUACCUACCGCAUCCUGGAGCUGUGACACAUCUCCAAUGGAGACCACAUGACGAGAACACGGAAGCGAGGCGAGCCAGUGGGCUCAGUGGCAGGCACGAUGAAGAUCUUGAAGUCCUGUAUACGAUCGCCAACGACGGUGUACUACGAGUAUGGCGCGCUACGGGCUCACAUGAAGUCGACAUCUUGGUUCUGCACAUGACGGUCGAUCUGAUAGCAGCGAUACCGCCGUCGCCGAGCUUGACCAUCAAGGGGCAGACGCAGCCUACGAAAGCGCCGCGCUAUGCUGUUGUACUGUCGUCUGAGCAUUUCUGCGCUGCAGUCAAUGCCGCCAUUGGCUUGCCAAAAGAUGGCAAGGUCGACCAUACGAAGGAGCUGCUUAAGGAGAUGAUCUCGAAUGAACCAGACGUGGUCGUAGCGUUCGAUGGCCAAGGUAGAAUGUCCGCAUGGGGACUGCAGAGCAUCGGCCACAAGCGACGGACAGAAGACCAGACGCCCACACAACCUGUGCACAUCACCCACGCAGAAGGUGUCUCAUUCAAGAUGCGAGGCAGUCCUGCAGUCUGCGGAGCUUGGUUCCAGGAUGACAAGUUCCACAUGCUGUCGCACUCCAUUGCAGAUGGUGGCGAGAUCACGUGGUGGCAGGGGCAGGUCGAAUCGUUCUUCUCGCUUUCCGCACCUGGAGAGGAUAGACUGAGGGCAGCGCCAGCGUGGUGUGGGCACGACUCUGACGUUCUCGAGCUUCAGCCAUCUGGUGAAGGCAUUGUAUCGAGGUCUCACAAUGAGCUUACGCAGUGGGAGGUUGGACGAUCGAAGUCGUUGCGAGCACGCAGAUCUUAUGGCAUCAGCUCCGACGUGUUGGCUGCGACGACCUUGCAAGACGGCACGGUCCUGCUGACAAUCUCCGCUACCGAAGCCUCAUUGUGGGACAAGAACGGCGACCGCAUCGCGAAGUCUCCCUAUACAAUGGCUCAAGGUGGUACGUUUCACGUUGCGACAAGCGAUGGGCAGAAAGUGCAAGGUGUUUUCGUACAAGAUGAUGCGAAAGUGAUUCUUGUGUGGACUUCCCGCCUGUCUUCACAUGACAGUGCCGCGCUCCAGGUGCAGCGACUUGCACUGGAAGAGGAUUACGCCUUUACAGUACUAGUUGCAAUGCCAUUCGACAGCGAACGGGUCUGCCUAAUCAGCGCAACCAAAGAAGGCCGCGUUGCAUGCACGCUGCUAUCAGAUGACGUGACAGAAUCUGCUGACCUCGAACCAUUCAUCACCUUCGAGACAGGUCUGUUGGAGCCAGCUCUCUUUGCAGCCACUGGGGAGUUUGCAGCCUUGGUUUCGCAGGACCGCAGGGAGCUUGUGGUCGCGGACCUGACUGAUGGCUACAUCGAGCACCGGCAGACUCUGGGCUGGCCUGUUUCACGUUUGGCAUGCUUCACACCAAAGCCCAGGCACAAUUUUCUCGCCGUUGCACAUACUGAUUCUGUCGAGAUGCUGGCCCAAGGUCGCUAUGAGCAUCAUUCUUCAAAAGUGCCGACGUGGAUAAGCGUCAGGACUAUUUCUCUCUCCGGCUUGGGUUUCCAGGUCAGCGGGAUGGCAUGGCUGUCGGACGGUAGCUUGGCGAUAUCUGCGGCCAACAGCAUCUUUAUUUCCUUCCCCAAUGUGGACCUGUCGGCGCUCUCACACGAAGCCAGAGACGCUAUCGAUGCCGAGCAGAGCGAUGACAAGGCCAUGCGUCUUUCGAGCUUCGCAGAGAAGAUCAAAGAUUCACUACCGGUGUGGCAUCCAAGUAUGCUAUCCCAGCUCUUGCACCACGGACAGCCUGGUCUUGCGGCAAGUCUGCUGAAAUGCCUGGCACAGAAACUCAAGUUCUACAGUGACGGCGAUUAUCUUGAUCCUUUGCUGGAGGAGUCAGCCACUUCACUGAUAGCACAGACGACUAGCCAAGAUUCAUGGCUUGACGAUGACAGUAUCGCUGAUCUACGAGAACAGCUCGAAGAAAAGAAUCUGCCACGAAUAUCAGAUCUUGAGCAGCAGCGCCUGAAGCACAUCGUCGAAGCAAUGGUGUGUUUGCGCGAGCAUGUAAACGCCCUCGAUCGCAAUGCACUACGCUAUCUGUUCAGCUGGAAGCUGCAGAUCCUGCUCCACGAUGAUGAAGAGCUUCUCAAGAACGGCCAACAGCAGCCGAAUGGAGAGGUCCAUAUCGAACGAUUUACGCCAAGUAUGGACUGGCGUGCGAUCUGUUUUGCAUCGCAUAGCACCACGCAGCAAGCUCUUCUCGACAUCCUCGUGCUGCAUCAUGACAACAAGCUCACAUGGUCCGCAGCCAGCAGAUACGGCAUCAUGGCAUGGCUCUCAGAUCGAGAAGCACUCGAGGCUGUGUUCGAGCAGCUCGGUCAGACUGCGUAUCGAUCUGAGUCACCGCCAAAUCCUGUAAACGCAAGCAUGUACUACCUAGCAUUGCACAAGAAAGCCACACUUCUGGCGCUGUGGCGCAUUGCAACAUGGCACAAGGAGCAAAGGACGACUAUGAACUUCCUCAAGAAAGACUUCGCCCAACCCGAUGCAAAGACUGCAGCAAAGAAGAAUGCUUACGCCCUCAUGGGAAAGCGUCGCUUCCACUACAGUGCCGCCUUCUUUCUCCUCGCAGACGAUCCAUCUUCGGCAAUCGCCAUCCUCGCGGGACAAUGUGAAGAUCCACAGCUCGCUAUCGCCGUAGCGAGACUCUACUGCGGCGACGGCUCGUCCGAGCUAAAGAAGCUACUUGACGACCGAAUCAUGCCGCAGGCUCAACAGGAAGGCAACAGAUGGCUGAUGAGCUGGUGCCAUAGCGUGAUGAAGAAUAAGUUGGAAGCGGCCGACUCGCUUGUAAGGCCGCUGGAUGGCCUUGUCAAGACUUGGAAGCAAGACGAUCCAGUCACCGUCUCAUUGUACUCACCACUGCGAGGUAAUACGCCAAGUGAGCAUGAAUAUGACGCCGUGCUUCGCUCUGCCAGGCUCUUGAGAAGGAUGGGAUUGUGGUUGCUUGCUCUGGAGCUCGUCAGUCAAUGGGAGUUCAAGCACACUCCAACCACGAACAACGCAUCCUUCCAAUCCAACACGAUCACCAACGGCAUCGACGCUGGACCCAAAUCGGUCCUCGACGACUUUGCAGACCUCAAUAUAUCCAAGCCCUCGCCGGCGAAGCAGGAAGGAAAGAUACCUUCGAUGCUUGACGACUUCGCGGAUCCUGCUCCUCCACCGGUGAUGGACGGGAAAGCCGCACGAGAAGCCAAAGCUGCGGAACUGCUCGCGAAAUUGAAGGCGAAGAAGGCUGCGCCUAAGCCGGAGGUGGAGGUGAAGGAAGAGAAGCCAAAGAGGGAGCCGACGCAAUUCAAGGAGCCGGACUCGAAUUCGUUGUUGGAUAAUUUUGGGUUUUGA